CCCCAUUUCUCCAUAAAUAGAUCCCUCCCGUAGCUCCAAACUCCACCACAAGCCAUCCAACCAAAUCACAAAGCAAACAGAAGAAGAAAAAGAGAUUCCAAAUUCCCUCAAUAGCCGUUCCACUCAAACAUCAACAGUUUUUUCCAUUUCGCUACAAAUGGCUCCUGAGAUCACACCAAUCGCCAACGGCACCCUGACCGCCGCCGCCACCACUCUGGCGAAGCAGCCCAGCAUAUCCAAGUGCGCCUAUGUCACCUUCCUCGCCGGAAACGGCGACUACGUGAAGGGCGUCGUCGGCCUCGCCAAGGGACUCCGCAAGGCCAAGAGCAAGUACCCUCUCGUCGUCGCCAUCCUCCCCGACGUCCCCAAGGACCACCGGCGGAUCCUCGUCUCCCAGGGCUGCAUCGUCCGGGAGAUCGAGCCCGUCUCCCCGCCGGACAACCAGACUGAGUUCGCCAUGGCGUACUACGUCAUCAAUUACUCCAAGCUCCGCAUCUGGAAGUUUGUGGAGUACAGCAAGAUGAUUUACCUGGACGGCGACAUCCAGGUGUUCGACAACAUCGACCACCUCUUCGACCUCCCCGACGGCCACUUCUACGCGGUGAUGGACUGUUUCUGCGAGAAGACGUGGGCCCGCACCCCGCAGUACAAGGUCGGGUACUGCCAGCAGAGGCCCGAUAAAGUCAAUUGGGCCGUCGACGAAAUGGGCCCGAAGCCCGCUCUCUACUUCAACGCCGGGAUGUUCGUCUACGAGCCCAGCCUGGCGAUCUACGACGAGCUGAUGAAGAAGCUGAAAAUCACGCCGCCGACUCCCUUCGCCGAGCAGGAUUUCCUCAACAUGUUCUUCAGGGACGUCUACCGGCCGAUUCCGAACGCGUACAAUCUCGUGCUCGCGAUGCUGUGGCGCCACCCGGAGAACGUCCAGCUGGAAAAGGUCAAAGUCGUCCACUACUGUGCCGCGGUAAGUGGUUAAAUUAAACAAGUUAUUGGGAUUGAUUGGCUCUGGUUUCGUACUAAUGUUGGUUGUGACAGGGAUCUAAGCCGUGGAGGUAUACAGGGGAGGAAGAGAACAUGGAGAGGGAGGACAUCAAAAUGCUGGUGAAGAAGUGGUGGGAGAUUUACGAGGACGAGUCGUUGGAUUACGGGAACUGGGUCGGGUCUGAGGCGGCGGCGGUGGUGGAUCCGGAGGCGGUGAAUGUGCAGCCGUUCCUGGCGGCUUUGUCGGAGGCUGGAGUUCUUCAUUACGUUACGGCGCCGUCGGCCGCGUAGGACCGGCGGGAUGAUUACGAGUAAAUUACUAGUGUGUUUUGUUCAAUUAAAUUGUUAAAAGGUUUGAGCUCCGUGGAAGGGACGAGAAGCUGUUGGUUUUUUCCCCGUUGAGGAUUUUCAGCAGUUGCAUAGUUUUAAGGUGUGCUUUUUCUUUUUUUGAGGGAGCGGGCCGAGGAGACUUGGAUUUGGGUGGAGGAGAUUUUAAACCUCUGCUAAUCUUAGAGGAUCCAUUUCUGUUUUUUGGAUUUUUGUUUUGUAUAACAAUACUACAAUUACUAUUAAUGAAAGAC